UCCCUAGGUCCUUUGACUUGAGACUAGUUAGCUAGUUACUAAGUCGUCUAAGUUAGUUAAGUUAGUAGAUCUAGAAUUCUAGAUUAUUCUACAUUCUAGAUCUGGACUAGAUUCUAGAUCUAUACGAUUUACAGAAUUACUUUGUAUUGAACCAUUUUACGAUCUCUGUUUAUGAUUAAUAUGAUGCUCAUGACUCAUGCCUCAUUAUUUAAAAAGUGCAAGUCAGAAGUCCUGAGAAGUCUUGAUUAGUGAAUUUGAAUUAUAAUUAGGCAUUUAUUUUUAAUUUUACUAAUUUUAGGGACUUAAGUUUUAGUCUAUGUAGGACUCUAGAGACUAUGAAUAUAGUAAAUAGUAUGAUAGGUAUCUUAGAAUAUCUAGUAUAAUCUAGAUUCUAGAUCUAUAUAAAUAUAAUAAUGUAGUGUAGAUUGUGGAGGCAUUAAAAGAUGACAGUCGCUAUAAGAUACAUUUGGAUAAUAAAAUUAUCUCCAAAAGCUAAUGCAAAUAAAUCAACUGUAACAUACAUAAGACGAUUUCCAACAGUUGAAAAAAGAGCUAAUUUGUUACCUGGUAACAUUCCUGUCCCAGACAUAUCUCAGUUGCAUCCACUGCUGGUUCAAGAGAUUUCACAGACUUAUAAUGUAUCGCAGUUCCUUCCAUCCAGAGACAGAUGUGAUUCUGUGGUUCAGAAACCUGUUUAUCAAAUCCAAACUGAAAAUGGAUUUCUUUGGCCAGUGGUUGCUUUAGAGAGGGCAAAUAUUUUAUAUUGUUGUCUUCCUCUGGUAGAGCCCCAAGGUCUACCAUCUCAAGACAUCACAAAGAUGCAACUGAUUAAUAUUCCAUCAAUAUCACUUGGAUUUUCACUCUUGUGUGUUUUGUCUGAGUUCCUUAAAGUUCCAAGCCAGGAGUUAGCUGCCAGAGUUCAAGAUCUUACAGCUUUCAUCAAUGAGGCAGCACCAUUUGGAAUUCUUAGAGAUGUCUCCACUGAGAAUAUAAUUUCCAAACUUUCAAACAAGUCAAUCAAUGUAUCCAAAACACAGAAGCUUGCAGCCUGGAGAGCAUCAAACUUUAAGGGCAGGCAGACACUUCAACUAAUCAUCUCAGAACAUGUCAGUGCUUCUCAGUGUGCGAGGGAGACAUGGCAAGACAGCUUGCAGGUGUUUGGUGAUGUUACAUGUCGGGCUGAAUUGGAAGGAGGAAUGACUCACGUCACAAUUAGUUUGUCCCACCAAGGAAGUGGGAUCAAUACACCCCUUGACUUGCUUGUUGUCCAUCCCUGUGUGCAGAAAGCAGACUGGCAGGAUCUCAAUUUGUCUCAUGACGUGGCACCUAGAAGAAUUCGCUUCUCCCCUCCUGUUGAGAGUUUCACACUCUGUCAUUACACAGUGAAAAGACUUUUAGAGUUGCCAGUAUUUGGUGUCUAUCACAUGAAACCUGAAGAAACCCGAGCAUCAAUCAAUAUUCAACUCAAACUCAAUGAUCAAAUCAAAAAUAGCUUUGAGUUCUGUGAGCUUCGUAUUCCAUUUUAUACCAGGGCACCAAUACUUAACUAUGAAGGCACACCUACACAGGGGUCCAUUUCUUUAUCCUCAAACAAAAAAGAGCUCAUCUGGAAUAUAGGUCAAAAGUUUACAAGUAAAGAUCAACAAGCCAUCCUGGCAGCUACUGUUGUGUUUAGUGGAUCAGAUCAAGGGUUGCCAGCGCCAACUGUAGAGGAUGCUUUCUGUAGGGGGAAUAACUCUUAUGCUCAGCUUUCAUUCAAAAUCCCAGACUUCACUCACUCUGGUUGUGGCAUUGAUGCAAAGUCUGUUCAACUUUUACCUUCAACUAAAUUUAAGUUAAAUUUGAGUAGAGAAUAUUCAACAGUUGAUUACAAGAUUUGGAAUUCUAUUGGAGAGGCACUGUGUACAUGACCUCUAUUUUAAAUUAGUAUAAAAUUAGAUUAUCUAAUGACAAGUGCAUCAAACAGACUUGUCUUUCAAGAGCUGACAGAACAAGGAUUCACAUGUAUACAGUCUCAGGGUAUCACAAAUAUAUAUUGCAUUCUCCAUGCUAAUACAACAAAUGUGUCAGACAUUUAAUUUAAACAUUGUGCAUAGAUGAAUUAAAUUUAUCAGGACAAAACAAA